AUUAUCAUCGUGCUUCAGUUUCCUUGAACUUGUAGUUUCAGGUUUUGGUGAAAUGAAAGUGAAAGCGGCCUCCUGCAGUCAGACUCUCCGCUGCUUUCAGUCGGUCGGUAUUUGGACCGGACGGCGGGAUGAUGGAGGAGUAUCUGUGUCCUCCGGUGACCGUGGAGGGCGACUGGACUCCGGCUCAGACCAGAACCCUGAAGAACAAACUGCAGCUUUACUUCGGGAGCAAGAAGAAGUCAAACGGAGGAGACUGCCGGGUGGAGCUGGAUGACGGAGCUCCGACAGCCGCAGUUUACUUCAGAUCAGAGGAGGUGAGACAGCGAGUCCUCGCGAAGGAAAACCAUGAAAUCAUCCUGGAGAAUAAAACUAUCAAGUUACGGCUGGUUUCUGCAUCAAGUCCGAAGAACAGUGACGACGUCUCAGAUUCAUCGACAGAUUCAAAGACUCAGAAGUCAGAAGUUGAACCUGGAAAUGGAGCUUCUGCCGAGAACAAAGAGGGUUCAGAGUCCGUUCAGAGCGUUGCGGUGGUUUUGGACAACGUCUCAGACAAAAUGUCCAGAGAUCUGCUGUCGAUGCUGGUGGAGAACAUCUCAGGGUUGGACGAGAGCAGCUACAGUCUGGAGAUCAUCUGGGAGACCAACCAAGCUGUGGUCACCUUCAGCAGCCCUGCAGAUGUGUGGAAGUUCCUCACUGUGAGUCAGAACAGCCAGAAGCUGGAGAAACACGAACUGACCGCUUGGCCGCUGGAGGCAGCAAAGAGUGUCCGAGUGGAGAGUCUUCCUCCAACUGUGGUUAAAGACAUGUUGGAGCUGUAUUUUGAGAAGAAUUGGAGAUUGCCGGAUCAUAUCAUCAUGAUCCCGGAUGAACAGGCUGCCAUUGUCACGUUCAAUGAUCCUAAAGUUGUUGAAAGCAUUUGCAUAAAAGAAGACUAUGUGAUGCGAUCCAUCCCUGUGAAGGUGUAUCCUUACUAUGAGUCCCUGGGCACCGCCUUGUACGGCAAAGAACGACCAACAUGGAAAAUGCCCGAGCCCUUCACAGAGUGUGUUCACCACGCUGUCUGGAAAUUCCUCCUAAUGAAGAAACAAUUAAAAAGCAUCAAUGAACAGAUGCGUCCGUACUUCUGCAGUGUGGACUUGGAUAACCCUGAGGUGAAACUCAGCCCUCUCCCAAGUUUUUUGAGGCAGAAAGAUCUGACUGCCAAACACGUGGAUAACUGGAUGAGUACUAGCCAAAAAGCCUUCCGUCAGCAAAUGGCUCACUACACAGCCUUUGAAUGCCCAGCGAACGCACCUGCGUGGAAAGCUGUGGAGAAAGAAGUACGCUCAGUUGUCAGGGAAGAUGCUGCCUUGGUGCUGGAUACAUCCAGGGGGACUUUGACUGUGGCUGGCCAGGCUGACAAUAUAAAACAAAUCAGGGCUCCUGUGGAGAACAUCGUUCUCAAAGCGAUGAGUCAGAUUGAACGUCACACAAAUGGUGUUUCUGAGGUAAUGAAUUUGUCCCCUGCAAUGUUCUACAUCCUGAAGCAGGACGGGUUGCAGAAAGCAGCACUGGACAUUUCCCCUGAGAUGAGCCUCUCUUACACUGAUGACACCCACAAGUUAACCAUUUCAGGACUCCCUGCAGAAGUUUUCAAGACAAAAUCAUGGAUCUUAGAGAGGAAUGUGCGUAUGAGUAAAAAGCAGCUGGAUAUCCCCCCACGUCUUCUAGACUUUCUCAGGACAGUUGAUCCCAUGGACAUGUCCCAGGAUAUGUUCACAUCCCAAGGCAUCAGUGCCAUCUACAGCGUUGAGAGCAAAGGGGUUUUCCUGUUGGGGAGUUCUGACCGUGCCCUUGAUGACGCAGAGAGUAAGAUAAAGAUGGCUUUGUCUUUUGACACUCUAGAUGUGGAAGACCACGGAGUUCUGAAACUUCACAACUGGGUGGACCUGAACCAAAAGUUGUUGGACACCUACAACUCCUCAAAGAAAAGAACAGUGGACAUUCAGUUCCACCCAGAGAGAAGAGAUAAAGUAACGGUGGCAGGCUUCCGGAAUCCAGUGAAAGAAGUCAGCCGCAGUCUGAAGGAAUUCAUCGUGAACUACUCACAAGUUCAAGAAACCAUUCGUGUCGAGUCCUUUGCUGUUGUUCUUUUUAUGGAAAAGAAAAAAUCACAAGAUUGCUCCAAUAUUGCCAAAGAUAAUGAUGUAACAUUCCAUUUCGAUUCAGAGAGGCCACGAAUUAUCAUUGCUGGGGCUCGUCUUCACGUCCAGAAGGCCAAAUCCUGCUUUAAGGAACUGACCAGUGCUCUCUUCACUGACAACUUCAUCGUGGACAAGCCUGGAGCUAAGAAAUAUUUCCAGUCUCAAGGAAGCCUGUUCCUGUCUACAUUAAUGACGGAGUUCAGCUGUAUGGUGGUGCUGCGUUCAGAGAAUCAAGAGGAAGAGGAGGAAGAGAACUAUGAAGAAGAAAAUGGCCUUUGUUAUUGCAAAGUGAAGACUACCAGUGGAGUUCUAGUUUCGGUCAGCAAGGCAGACAUCUGUAACUUUGGCGUUGAUGCGGUGGUCAACGCAGCUAAUGAAGAAUUACAGCACAUUGGCGGCCUGGCGUUGGCGCUACUAAAGGCUGCAGGACCACAGCUGCAGAAAAUCAGCAAUGAUUACACUGCCAGAUAUGGAAAACUACGCCCAGGUGACGCCAUCGUAACAGAUGCAUGUAACCUGCCCUGCAAACACGUCGUACAUGCAGUCGGUCCAAGGUACUCUGACUCUGACAAAAACACAUCAGUGUCACGUCUAAAGCUUGCUGUCAAACACAGUCUGCAGGAAGCAGAGAAGGUCAACGCCUCCACCAUUGCUUUGCCAGCGAUCAGCUCCGGCGUGUUUGGUUUUCCUGUUGAGCUCUGUGCUGAGACCAUAGCUGAGGCGGUGCGGGAGUACUGCGACCGUCCAGGAAGUCCAGAAUCUCUGACUGAGAUUCACCUGGUGGACAACAAUGAUAACACUGUGAGAGUCCUGGCCACAGCUGUGAACAAAGAGUUCAUUGACCUUGAACCUACAAUGACAAUACCACAGCAGGCAGGCAGAAGAGGCCGCGGGGGUUCAAGCAGGGGUCAUCAGCGGGGUCGAGGUCGAGGUGGACAUCAGACCCAGUCGCCCAGGGGCCGUCGAUUUGGUGAGAGAGGAGGAGGAGGAGGAGGACGAGGAGGAGCUGGCUACCGGGGAGGUCCACAGGGUAACAGGGGAGGUCAGAGCCCCAGGGGACACGCUAAGCCUGAAGGGUAUGGAGGGCCGGGGAGGAUUGAGCAGACUACAGCUGAGGGUCUGAAGAUUGUUCUCUGGAAAGGAAACAUUCAGGACCAGACCACUGACGUCGUAGUCAACACCAUCUCAGAGACCAUGAACCUGGGCCAGGGAGCAGUGUCUAAAGCGAUCCUGCAGGCGGCCGGGCCCAGCCUGCAGUCAGCUGUUCGGACUGAAGCCAGAGUGGCCACGCUGCAGUACGGCGACGUCGUCGUCACUGACGGCUUUAACCUCAUGUGCAGGAAGGUCUUUCAUACUGUUUGCCCUGUUUGGGACAACGGAGCAGGCCAGGCAGAGGAGGAGUUAAUAUCCAUCAUCAGAUAUUGUCUGGAGGAGGCUGAGAAGCGUCACAUGGGGUCACUCUCCUUCCCUGCGAUCGGAACGGGCAACCUGAGCUUCCCCAGAGACCUGGUGUCCAGAGUCCUGCUGAAGGAGAUCCACAGCUACAGCCGCAGAAGAACUCCUCGCCACCUGAGAGAGGUGGCCAUCGUCGUCCAUCCCAGCGACAACCACACUGUGGAUUGUUUCACCAGAGAGUUCAGAGGUGAGACUGGUCCGAGGAACUUCCAACAUGAAGCACAGGAUUUUAACGAGUCACCAGUUCAGCAAGCACAGAGCCAAUCACAACAGUCCUCAGCAUCCUUCGGUCAGGUAUCAUCACCCUCCCUCGGUGUGUACCGGAUGCAGAUGGGUCAGCUCACUCUCGAGGUUUCGUCCGGAGACAUCACCAAGGAGGCCAGUGAUGUCAUCAUCAACUCCUCCAAUAAGGACUUUACUCUCAAAUCAGGAGUGUCCAAGGCGAUCUUAGACAGCGCUGGAUUACAGGUUGAGCUGGAGUGCUCACAGAUCGUGAAUUCUCCGGGUUAUCAGCCUCGUCCGAUGAUGGUGACGUCAGCCGGGUUGUUGCCCAGCAAAAACAUCAUUCACAUCGUCGGCCAGAAUGAUCCUGCAAACAUCAAGGAAGUGGUUUACUCAGUGCUGAAGGUCUGCGAGGACAACAAGUUCAGCUCCGUCUCCUUUCCCGCUCUGGGAACAGGUCAGGGAGGGGCCAACCCGUCGGCAGUGGCAGACGCCAUGGUUGGCGCAGUGGUGGAGUUUGUGAGGAAGAAGCACCCAAAGUUUGUUCAGAGUGUGAAGAUCUUGAUCUUCCAGACGGCCAUGGUGAUGGAGUUCCACAAGAGCAUGAAGAAGAGACAGGGAGAGGAUGUGGAGGAGAAGAGUGUCUUGACCAAGAUUAAAGAAACUGUCACUGCGUUUUUUACGGGAUCUUCGGAGGAACGACUCGGCACUGAUCGCUUGGUUCUGGAGAAGGAGGAGUUUGAGCCCACAGUGUUUCAGCUGUGUGCUGAUAACGCCAAGGCUGUGAGUCAGGUUAAGAAAAGAAUUGAGGAGCUGAUUUUGGCCGAGCAGGCGAAGCGAACCAUCAUCGACCCGUACAUCAGUCAGCUGUCGCAGGCUGACAUGGAGGAGCUGAAGGCCCUACAGAGGAAUCUGACAGUCAGCAUCCGACUGGACAGGAGCCUGGAGGACCAGGAGCCCACCAUCCACCUGGAGGGCCUGACCAGGGACGUCAUGAUCGCUGAGUCUUCAGUGAGAGACAUCAUCCGGAAGGUGGAGAGGACGGAGAACGAGAGACACAAGGCCUGGCUAGUGAGUGGACUGGUAGAAUGGCAGUUUCAGCAUCGCAAUGGGAAGAUGGUGCCAUUCGACAUUUACACCAACCUCAACCUCGAGAAGGCUCUGGAGAAAAAACAAAAAAAUGUUAAAAUCAAGAUUAACAACCAAAUUUACACAGCUGAUGUAAUGUUUAAAAGAGCUGUUUCAACGAAUGGACGUGAACAGUUGGAGCUACUUAGAAAAGACCUGAAAGCAGAUGAUGCUGCUCUGCCUUCACAUUGGGACGACAUGAAAGGCGACCUCAUGAAGCUGUUUCCUCUGACUGUGGGAUCUAAAGAAUACGGCGAUGUGGAGAAGGAAUUUCAAAAGACCGGCCUUUCUGCAAACAUCAUCAGCAUUGAACGGGUACAAAACGAGACACUGUGGCAGAGCUACCAGCUGAAGAAGAAACAACUGGAGGCGAAGAACAAACACAAAAACAACGAGAAGAUGCUUUUCCACGGCACCGGCCCCGACUCCAUCGAUCUCAUCAACAAACAAGGCUUCAACCGCAGUUACGCAGGAGCACAUGGAGCGAUGUAUGGCAAUGGCUCAUACUUUGCGGUGGACCCUGCCUACUCAGCACGGGGUUACGCCAAGCCUGAUGCCAGGGGGCAGAAGCGCAUGUAUCUGGCCAGGGCUCUGGUUGGAGACUUUGUCCAGGGUAGAUCUGGAAUGAUCACCCCACCUUCCAGAAGCUCUGGAAAUGCUUCAGACCUGUAUGACAGCGUCACCGAUAACCCUGCUACGCCAAGCAUGUUCGUCAUCUUCAAUGACAUUCAGGCAUACCCAGAGUACCUGAUCACAUUUACAUAAACUACCAUGAUCCCACUGUGCAACAGUUCUGAUUACUACCAUCACAUAUUUUCUAGUUUAAAUUCACAGUCUAUAAAAACAAUUUCUAAUAAAAUCAAGCAGUAGUUGCCAUUUUCUUGAUUUGGUUUCUAAACACUCACACAUAAAUGUAGAAGAAACCAUCACACUAUAUCUGAGUUUAAGGUUAAAGUUAACUGGAGAAUGAAAGCAUGAAAACCUUGAAUAUACAUAUUUUAACACACUGUCAUUAUUUUCCUUCAUCUGGAAUCUGUCACUUUCUUUUUCUUUUGGCUGUAGAGAGUUAUGGAGCUGUGUUGGACUGUUGGACUCCAUCCAAACCUCCCUUGUCCUCAUUGUUAGAUUUCUUUGGAAAUAUACAAAACCUUCCACCCAACUGAGAUCACGUUUGGUUUUAUGAUAGGCAGGGUUAGCUAGUCACAUCAAAUCACAUUAGAUUUGAUAUAAUUAUGUAAUACUGACCUUAAGUGUCUCUUGUGGGACUUUGUAGCAGCCAUGUUGCUGCCUACAUCUGGUAAAUGAUGUUUCAUAUCUACAACAUCUUAUCUGGGCAGUUUCGCUACAGCACUGUAGCUUUCUGGUAUUAUCAGCCAUGCUAGUGUCAUGGCUCUAUGGAUGGAAAUGUUCUGUUGCCCUUCAACUUUGGUCCAAACAGCUCAACAACUAUUGGCUCGAUUACAGUGAAAUUUUUAUGUUCCUCAGAGGAUGAAUCCCUGACCCAGCAACAUCAUGAUGUAUAGAAUGGAUUGGCAUCAAAUGUGAGUCAUGUCCCUGUCAAUCAUAUGUCUGAUGAUCCUUUAAUUCUCUAUUGAAAACAAAAAACACACAACGACAGACAUCUGAAAACACCAGAACCAAUUCAAGGAAAGUUGACUAUGUGUGUUUAAGGGAAUAAGUGGAGAUGUUUCAUUGCUUGUAAGACCUUGCUGUGACUCUGGACCUGUAAAGUUACUUAAAGGGUGUCUUCACUAAAGUUUCAAAUCCAAA